AUCUAACGUCUACAAGGAUGGCUGUGGUCUUUCAUACUUCAGACUUUAUAGUUCAUCAUUUGAUUUCUCCUCUCUUGAAGCUGACCAUAGCGAGUCAAACACAUCAUCAGUGUUAUUCAAUUUCCAAGCGGCUAUUGCACUGCGCUAGUGAUGUUGUCGUUAAGGCUGCGCUCUCCUGAAGAGCUUAGAGCCUUCUACAGUAUCCCUCUCCAGGGCAGUCAAAAAAGUCAGCAAGUUUUGAAUAUAGGAAGCUCUGUUACUAUUCAAUCGGAGUCUUUUGUAUCACAUUCUGUAUACACCAGAUCCUACUUAUCGCGAGACUCGGCGUCAUACCUUGGCGGUAGAUCCCUGGAGACACUUAGCUCCAAAAGUCAGAAAACAAUCAUCAUAGAGGAACAAUUAGAGUUUGAGAAUAAUCAAGAAAUAACUCCGAGGCAGGACUCUGCGAUUCCUCCUUUAGAAGAGUCUGAAGAGGAUGUACCUUGGCUAGAGUCACUUGGGCAUCAUCCUUACCACAACUUGGAAGGCACGAAGAAAAUUGGCCGUAUUGGAGCAUGGCGACUGAAAUCGAGACGAGAUAACUCUUCGGAGACAGCUGGUUUCAAAAACCCGGCAGCAUUCAUCUUGUAUGACAACCCAAAGCUGAGACUUGAUAAAGAAACACUCUCCAGAAUAGAUACGCCCGGCGUGACCGAGGACGAGAUUGCUCAUAUGAAGAUCAUUGAGGAUGACAUGGACGACAACUUUUCUCUGGUGGGCUCCCCGACAUCCUCGCUAGCGCCGUCUGAUCGCCUCAUCGGACAUGCAGACAACUCUACCCGCACUCUUUUCUUGGACUUUGGUGUGGAUUCGAACGUACGGACUUCUACCUACAGCUUUGACAACGACUUGGACAGCGACUCAGACUCAGACAACAUGAUGAUAGAAGAUUCAAACACGCACAGCCUUAUUGAGGAAACUUUAAAUAAGUCAAAUCCUCCAGUAGAGGCACCAACCUCAUAUUACUGCCUCUUUUGCUUCAGGCAGUUUCACAGCAAAGAGGAUUGGAAAGACCAUGAAUUCUUAGAGCAUUACUCCCGGGCAAGAGAUUGGAUUUGUAUGCCUUGGGGCUCCACUGAUUGGCUUGAGGACGGGGAUCAGAUAUGCGUUUUUUGUGGAGCUGUGGAUCCAUCUCCAUCGCACCUUAAGAAACAUAACGAUAAGCCUUGUUGUGACCAGCCCGUCAGCGAGCGGACCUUUGUGUGCCUAGAAGAGUUUCAAGAGCAUCUUGAAAAAGUCCACGACCAAUGGCUUUUGACUGACAAUAUGAACAAAUGGUCAUUUACACCACUGGAUGAUUAUUAUUGGCAAUGUGGAUUCUGUGAGCAUAUACUAAUGACAUGGACGGAUCGGGUGAGACACAUGAACCAUCAUUUCAAGGAAAGACACUCCAUAGCUUGCUGGGAUCCAUUUGUACCUUCGUAUCCGUUUGAUAGGAACACUGGGAUGAUCAAACAAUGGUGCCCACAUGAGAUAGAUCGAAACAAGCUUCUCGCUCAACAGGUCGAGCGCUCGAAGUUCUUUGAUGAGGUUGAAGUUCCCGUCUCCCCGAACAUAUCUUUAGGAUUACACAUCGACAAGACAGUUUCAGUUUCAGUUCCAGGUCGAGUACACAGUAACAACUGCUCAGCAUAUUUCGAUGACGAGAAAGUUGCAAUUCGACACGAUAAGCUUUGGCACCAGCCACGCGAUGUAUGGCUUUGUCCAACCAAGAGUGACGUUGAAACAGCAGCUCACCUCCAGAUCGAUCCUCUAGCCUCAUACCUCUUUCCGAACCCUUCAUCAUCCCCGAGCAAAGACUAUUGUCCUUAUUGCGAGGAGUCCUCGGAGGAUAUAUUCUACGAUCUUGAUAAGGAUAUCGACGAGUGCUUUACUGAUUGGGACGUCCGUAUCGCACAUCUAGAGUCGGAACAUAAUUUCGAUGGAUGCCCGGGUGACCUCAUGUUCUUUCGGUCUGGUCAAUUUUUGCUGCAUUUGGUUAGUAGUCAUAAUCUCAGGCUCAGCAGGUCGACGAAGGGUAUCAUGGAGUCCUGUAGAAAGAAAGAAGUUGUGUUACUAGACGCUCAAACGAGUAUCCAGAAAUCAAAUCCGCCAGACGUCUCAACGAGUAUCAAGAAAUCAUAUCCGCCACCGGUGUCGGUAGAGUCAGAUCGCGAGGAUUGAGCGAUUGGACGGGUUAGAUUUAAAGGAAUUCGAGUGUUACUCGGAUGCUCGAAAGAUCAUCUGUGAAUCAACACCUACUGAAGCUCGUGUAUAAGAUUUCAUCGAUGUCCGCCUC